UGGAGGUAAUGAACAUGUCAAAGCCUUUUCUGAUAGACCAACAUUCAUCAGGGAACUCAUACAAGGGAGAAUCACUAUGAAUUGAAUGAUUGCGGGAGGUGGUCUGUUGGUGAGAAGUCAACUUUAAAUAAGCACUAUGGAGUUAUCAUGGGGAAGAGAUACUGUGAGUGUAUUGAAAGUGAAUAGUUUCAGAAAGAAGUCACUCCUUCAGCGAAUUUAUAAAGGAGAGAAAACCUUUAACUGUUAUGAAGAUUGGGAAGUAUUCUGCAAGAACCCAAAUUUCUUGCAGCAUCAAGAAACGCAUAUAGGGAAAGAAGUCUAUAAAAUUAAUCAGUGUGCUACUGCAUUUUACAAGAAGCCAAAGCUUCCUACAUAUCAGAAAACAGAUGUAAGAGAAAAACUCUAUGAAUGUAGUGAAUGUGGGAAAACCUUCAGCCAUAAGUCAUCUCUCAUCCUACAUCAGAGGAUACACAGAGGGGAGAAAUGCUAUGAAUGCACCAAAUGUGGGAAAACCUUUGGGUAUAGGUCAGGCCUCGCAGUACAUCAGAGAACACACACAGGGGAGAAACCCUGUGAAUGUAAUGAAUGUGGAAAAAAUUUCUGUGAGAAGUCAAAUCUCCAUGUACAUCAGCGAACACACAGAGGGGAGAAACCCUAUGAGUGUAAUGAAUGUCAGAAAGCCUUCAGUGAUAGGUCAGCUCUCACAGUACCUAAGGGAAUACAUACCGGGGAGAAACCCUAUGAAUGAAGGAAUUUCUCCCAGAAGUCAAACUUCAUUAAUCAUCAGAGGACUCACACAGGAGAGAAACCCUAUGGAUGUCACAAAUGUGGAAAAUCCUUCUCUGUGAAGUUGAAACUGAGGGAACAUCAGAGAACACACACAGGAGAGAAGCCUUAUAAAUGUAAUGAGUGUGGGAAAACUUUCUACCAUAAAUCAUCCCUCACAGUACAUCAGAGAACCCACACAGGGGAGAAACCCUAUGAAUGUAACCAAUGUGGGAAAACCUUCUACCAGAGUCAUUCCUCACAACACAUCAGAGAACACACUAGGGAGAAACAGUACAGGUGUAAUGGAACCUUUCACCAGCAUCUCGAUUUCAGUAAACAGCAGAGAAACAGCACUAAGAAGAAACCCCUGUCAACAUCCUGAAACCUUCACCCUCUUGUUGGACUCAUUGCAUAGCAGAAACAACUUGGGACUGAGGUGGGGGACCCAGUAUAUAUGAGAAAUCUUUUGCCUAGAAGUGACAUUUCAUUGAGUAACAAAUAAUAUUUGAUAACUUUAUUAAUAUUUUGAAGAUGUUACAGUGUCAAAAAAAGUUUAAAAAGGAGGCCUUUUGCAGAAUAUGUAUAAGUAUGCUAUGUAGAGAAACUUUUCAUGAUAGGUUUGCUUAUUGGAAUGCAGCAUUGUAGGAAGUAUAUGUAUAUUUGCUUAAUAACUCAUAAAGUUUUUAUUUCAUAAUUUUAAUAUGAAUAUGAAGUGUAUAAGUUGUCCCAUACUUAAUACCUAUGUAAUUUUUUGUUUUAAUUGAAAUUUUUAUUGAGAUAAUUGUAAAUUGUAAGAUGCAGUUGUAAGAAGUAAUACAGAGAGACCUCAUGUACCCUGUACCCUGUUUCCCCCAAUGGUAACAUCUUGUAAAAAUACAGUACAAAUAUCAGCCAGGAUAAUGACAUUAUUGAUAUAAUCCACCAAUUAGUUCAGAAUUUCUCAAUUUUAUUUGUACUCAUUUAUGUGUAGGUAUAUUUAGUUCUGUGCGAUUUUAUCACAUGUGUAGGUUUAUGUAUCCACCAUUGGCUGUGGCAUCUGUUGACUGUGUUAUCUAUGACCACAGAUAUUUCAUGAUAUUCAGGGGUUAUUAGUUUCUCCGGUAUUAUAAUUAUGUUUUUCAAAAGAGUCUCUAUAUUUUAGAGAUAGAAAAAUAACAUAUGCUGCAGCAUUCAGAUAAUUGAAAUACAGGCAACAAUACCAUGAGCUUGGAGAUAUAUAUGUAUUUAAUUGGAUCAUCUGUUCUUUCAUUUCCAGGAUUUGUUUUUAUAACUUGUAUAUUUAUUUGUUGACUACAUUAGGUUACAAAUACUUUCUCCUAGACUGUGGCUUAUCUUUUAAUUUUAUUUAUGCUAUAUUAUACUGUAUAGAAGUUUUAAGUUUUGAUGCAAAUAUAACAAUCUUUCUUAGGUCUAGAAAUUCUUUUCUAGACUGAGGUUGCAAAGAUAUUCUUCCAAAAGACUGAAGUUUUGCUUUUCAUGUUUAUAUUUUUAAAUCUGUCUGGAUUUUUUUUUUUUGGCGGUACGCGGGCCUCUCACUGUUGUGGCCUCUCCCGUUGCAGGGCACAGGCUCCGGACACGCAGGCUCAUCGGCCAUGGCUUACGGGCCCAGCCGCUCCGCGGCAUGUGGGAUCUUCCCGAAUUGGGGCACGAACCCAUGUCCCCUGCAUCAGCAGGUGGACUCUCAACCACUGCGUCACCAGGGAAACCCUGGAAUUUUUUUUUUAAUGGUAUAAAUUAGUGAUCUACUUUCUUUUUUUUUGCAAAUGGAAAAGUCAGUUGUCUCAGGGCCACUUUUGAAAGUCUGUAUAUUCGUUUUCCAGGGCUGCAGUAACAAAGUACCACGAACUGGGUGGGUUAAAAUAAUAGGAAUUAUUCUUCCAGUUCUGGUGAUUAGAAGUCUGAAACCAAGAUGUCAGCAGGGCCAUGCAGUCUCUGAAGGCUCACGGGGAGAAUCUCUUCCAUGCCUUUCUCUCAGCUUCUGGUGGUGGCUCUCCAUCCUUGGUGUUCCUUGGCUUACAGCUGCAUAACUCCAAUCUUUGUCUCCACUGCCUCAUGCAUUCUCCCUUCCUGUGUCUAGGUCUCUGUGCCCCUUUUGGAGCCAGCAAGGCCAUGGCCCUGUCUGCUUGCCCAGAACCUCAGGCGCAGCCUAGUUGCCUCAAACCUAGCUCCUGCCGAUGCGCAGCACACACUGGUGGAACUGAGCAAAACCCUGCACCCACCCCUAUCCCCCUGCCAAGGACAAAGGCCCCUCCAUAUCCCCUGCCUCUUAUUUACAAAAAAGUACUAGAUCUAUGGCUAGCACAAUUUCAAGAACUUGGCCUUAAGAGAACGGGAUUAACACUGUUGCUCAUAAUAAUCUGUAUCUUUGUGGGCAUCAAAAUAAUCAUAGCUUGUUCUGCCCGUAUAUGUAAAUGGUCAACUACAAUUGUCAGUAAAGACAUACUACAGACCCGUGUCGACAUCUUCCACUCUAAGUAUAUGGUGCCCUAUGUCAGCAUGAAGUUACAGAAGACAGACCUUCGACCAUAAUCCAAUAAAAAUGGAAUGAUGUUCUGACAAGUGGGGAUUUGUAAGCAGCUUUUGGCAGGAAAAAGCUCUUUGCCGGAAAGAGCUCUCUGCCAGAGGCCGCUUUUGUCUUGUCACUAACCUUAAACCAGGUGCCCCCAUGCUCUACUUAUCUCUGGCCCUAUUGAUCACAUAAUACCUUGCCUAAUCUGUUGGUUCUUUCCAUAGAUCAAAGAAGUAGAAAUGAAUAAGUAAUUAACACAUGACCCGAUCUCUUCCCUAGCUUCCCCUUCAGUAAUCUUGCGAGAACGAACUGUGUGAACAAGACAGUAUUGAAAGAAAGAUCAUAAGAAGUCAACAAACCUGCAUGAUAAGCCUGCAUUCAGUGGGGGAUGGCGAUGCCUCUGACCUCCUAUCUCAAGGAUUAACUGAGAUUACUUACCUUUUCCCUUUAAGAACUUCUCAUGGCUGAGCAGAAUCUUGGGAGGUGGUUUUUGGGGAGUCGACCAUCUCCCCAGCAUUCUGAUUAAAAGCAACUUUCCUUUCUACCAA